GUCGUCCCAGUGAGUGUCACCUUGGCCCGGCAGCUGCAGGUGGAUUGUCCGGCCCACAAACACACCACAGGCAGGCAGGUAACAGCAAUUGGACCGGCAAGUGACCGGCCCAAACAUGACGGAAGGCAAGGCCAAGACGUCCCCGAAGGCCAUCAAAUUCCUCUUCGGAGGCUUGGCCGGGAUGGGUGCCACUGUGUUCGUGCAGCCGCUAGACCUGGUCAAAAACCGCAUGCAGCUCAGCGGUCAGGGUACAAAGGCUCGAGAAUACAAGACCAGCUUCCACGCACUUGCUUCCAUCUUGAAAAACGAGGGCAUCAGCGGCAUCUACACGGGUCUCUCUGCAGGUCUGCUGCGUCAGGCCACCUACACCACCACCCGUCUAGGCAUCUACACCAUCUUGUUUGAGAAGAUGACAUCGGCAGACGGUCGCCCGCCCAACUUUUUCCUUAAGGCACUGAUCGGCAUGACAGCCGGCGCCACGGGAGCCUUUGUGGGCACGCCGGCCGAGGUGGCGCUCAUUAGGAUGACAGCAGAUGGACGACUUCCUGCAGACCAGCGGCGAGGCUACACCAACGUCUUUAACGCACUGGCUCGAAUCACACGCGAGGAGGGCGUCACCACGCUGUGGAGGGGGUGCAUUCCAACCAUGGCGCGAGCAGUCGUGGUGAACGCUGCCCAGUUGGCGUCGUACUCGCAGUCCAAACAGGCAUUGCUGGACUCUGGCUACUUCAGGGACGACAUCUUUUGUCAUUUCUGUGCCAGUAUGAUUAGCGGUCUGGUUACCACGGCGGCUUCCAUGCCCGUCGACAUCGUCAAGACCAGGAUUCAGAACAUGAGGAUGAUCGACGGCAAGCCAGAGUACAAGAAUGGGCUGGAAGUGCUGAUGCGUGUGGUGGCCAAGGAGGGCUUCUUCUCUCUCUGGAAGGGUUUCACACCGUACUACGCUCGCCUUGGACCGCACACCGUCCUCACCUUCAUCUUCCUGGAGCAGAUGAACCGUCUGUACAAGACCCACGUGCUGGAGCGCUAACAGCUAAUGUCUUACCACGUUCUGUCCAUUUGUAUAAAAAAAAAAAACAAAAAAAUGAUGUAACACAUUUAGUCUGUUUAGAGCUGCACAAGACACACCCAACAGUUGUAACCAUGUCUACGCUUCAUGGUGAAUAAAGUUGGAGACUGUGA